UGGGCUAACUCCUCACUGCGGCGCUGCCCCCGGCCAGCACCAGCGCGCGCGCAGCCCUCCCGCACCCCCGCGGCGGCGGAGGCUGGCUCUUCCGCCCACGCCGCCUUCCAGCCGCAGUGCGCGGCCUCGGCCCCGGACGCGCGUGCGCGCGGGCGGGGGGGGGGCGGGCCGAAGCCGAAGGAGGCGGGGCGGACCCUCGAGGCCUACUGCCCAUUGGCUCUCUCCCGUAGUCCCCGCCCCCGGGCGUUCGAGGCGGCGGGGCGGGCCACGUCAGGCAGCCGGCGCUGGGCUGAGCUUGUGGCAGAAGGGAGAAUCUGCAUAUAUACACAUAAGAGAAGCCAAAAUGUCAGAUGAUAUCAGGAAAAGGUUUGAAUUUCCAAAUUCUCUUAUACAAUCACAGACUGUAGGUCAUCUUAUUGCUGCAGUACUAAAGGAAAAUAGUUUUUCAGAAAAGAUUCAUCAGUCCACAACCCAGACUCCUGCUUUGAACUUGCUGUGGGAGAAAUGUUGCAGUGACAACGUAGUAGUUCGAACAACCUGCUGUGAAGGUCUGGUGGCACUUGUUGCUCAGGAUCAUGCAGAGUUCAGCUAUGUUCUCAAUGGGAUACUCAACCUGAUUCCAUCGACCAGGAAUACACAUGGCUUGAUAAAAGCCAUUAUGAAAUUACUACAAAUGCAAGCUCUUAAGGAAGGACAAGGUGAAAAGAAGAGUAUUCAGGAUAUAUAUACCAUUAGAAAUCAUCCUCAACCUUUGAUCACUGUGCUUGAACACAGACCUGAUUGCUGGCCUGUACUUUUGCAGCAGCUGACGAUUUUUUUCCAGCAAUGCCCUGAAAGGUCAGAAGUUUCAUGUGUUCAAAUAAUGGCACCUUUUCUAAGGUAUCUAUAUUGUGAACCAUCCCAACUACAAGAGUAUGCUAACCUUCGAGUAGCCCUGCUGAAAGUCUUGCUUCAACCCCGAGUUCUUUGUGACAAAGAACAACCAUCAAUGUUGGAACAGCAGAUACUUCAACUGUGUUGUGACAUGGUUCCGUGUUUGCAGAUUAAAGAUUUGAUACAGACAACAGAAGUGAUGCUGUUUAUCGAGGAAGUAUAUUUAAGUCUUUUGCGUUAUCCCGUUUUCUGGAAAACUCAGCUUACUCAACUGACCCUUCAGCUGCUAUGUGUCUGUGAAGUCAGCUUAAAGAUAACUGGAGAAUGCUCAUCUUUAGUUCGCCUUUUAGAACACAGUGUUGAACUUCUGAAGGAGGAUCUUCCUGUUGAACUCAUCAUGAUUGGAAUAGCUUUACUACUACUACAGACUCCAGCCUGUCAGCAAAAGCCAAUCUUAAGUCUAGCUUUGAAGCUUCUCUCUUGUGCUGAAGGCCAGAAAAUUCCAAAGUCAUCUCUGCUACUUGUGAUGCCAAUUUUGCAAAUAUUAUCUUCUAUUGCCUUGGAAGACUGUAUAUCCAUGGACGAAGAAGGUCCCUCUAGGCAGCAGUUGGCUCUAAACCUUUUGGAAAUGAUACAACAGGAAUGUUACAGAGAUGACCACCCAAAGCUCUCUUACAGGCUUGUGUUCCCUGUAACCAGCAUGUAUGGUUCAAUAUUUACAACCUUGAGGAUUCUUGAAGUAAUGAGAGAAGAGUCUGCAGUGAGUGACUGGUUGGCUUCAGUAGAGUCAUUGCUGCCCAUUACUACAGCAAUCCCUGUGCAUGUUUUUCUUCUGCUGGCUCACCUCCUUGUUGAAGAUAAAGGACAAAAUCUUCACCAGAUACUUAAGGUCACUUCAGAAUUAGCUCAAGCAGAUUCCUCUCAGGUGCCAAAUCUGAUUCCAGUUUUGAUGUUCAAAUUGGGAAGACCGCUGGAACCUAUUUUAUGCAAUAAUAUAUUGUAUACUUUACCUACACUUGGUGUUCACAAGGUAUGUGUAGGACAGAUUCUACGAGUAAUCCAACUUCUUGGAACCACCCCACAAUUAAGAGCAGUCACUUUACGCUUGUUGACAUCUUUGUGGGAAAAGCAGGACCGUGUCUAUCCUGAACUACAGCGCUUCAUGGCCAUGUCUGAUGUCCCUUCUCUCUCUGUGAGCAAGGAGAUCCAGUGGGAGAAGCUGAUUGCAAAAGCAGCAUCAAUCAGAGAUAUCUGUAAGCAGAGGCCAUAUCAGCAUGGUGCAGAUAUGUUAGCAGCUAUUUCUCAGGUGUUGAAUGAAUGCACCAAGCCUGAUCAAGCUACUCCAGCAGCCUUGGUGUUACAAGGUCUUCAUGCACUCUGCCAAGCUGAG